AUUUUCAAUUAACUCGGCAUAGAAUUAUGAUUUUAAGUGGCUGCUAAAAAUUCAUACAAAUUAAAAAGUGUCAUGAAAUCCUUGUUUUACAGGAAUUAAACGUACUCCCUCUCUUAAUUACUAUAUCAUAUAUCCAUUUUUAUACCGGCUUCGCUUGUUAAAUAAUAUAUUUUGUUGUUGUGUUGAUAAACUUAAUGAACAAAAAAAUGUUCAAGAAAGUAAGUUAGCGUUAAAUAAGUAAGGAAUAAGGAUAAACUAACGAGAUUUCGGGCAAAUAACAAUUAAGAGUAGGUGCAAGCCAUUUAUUGAUUAGGCUGCUGCGGCUAAUAAAUUAAAACAUUUAAUUACGCCAAAACAACGGUUUAAGUCUAAGGAUCACAUUAUAAUGCCACCAUUGAAGACAUACUCGCCACACAACGAAUUCAAUGCAAAUUGUCACAAUGGCAAUAGUACAACUGGCGAAGGUGAAAGUAAUACAUCAGCCGCAGCCGCAACAGCAUCUUCAAACUUAAGUGAUAUUUGUGGCGCUGUAAGCAAUGCAGGUGCACAGCAACGCGCUUCACUGCCUUGUUACAGCAAUGCACAGUUUCCAUUCAAAGUGUUAGCCAAUUUAAAUCAAUUACGUGCAGAAUCGCGUUUCUGUGACGUAGAAAUUGUUGCUGGUGGUAUUACAUUCAAUGCACAUAGGGCUGUAUUAAGCGCGGCCAGCGCAUACUUUGAGGCAAUGUUCCGCCCUGAACUUGGUUUGAAUGAAGUGAAUCAGAAGUCAGUGGUGCUGCACACCAUAGAUGGCGAGAUCUUAAGCAUUCUACUGGAUUUUAUAUACACAGGACGAUGUGAAAUUACACAGUCUAAUGUUCAAGAGCUAUUAGCUGCAGCUGAUAUGCUACAAUUGCCGGAAGUUGUUGACGGCUGCUGCGACUUUCUAUGCCGCGAAUUACAUGCCACCAACGCAUUGGGCAUUCUCCGCUUUGCAGAAGCUCAUAAUUGUGAGACUUUAAAGAAAAGUGCAUUGAACUUUGUGCACUCAAACUUUCCGGCGAUAACCCUUGAAGAUGAAUUUUUAGACACACCACAAACUCUGCUCGCUCAGCUACUUACUUCCGAGCAAUUGCGUGUCGAUUCCGAAUCUCAAGUUUUCCAAGCGGCCCUACGUUGGAUAAAACAUGAUGUUACUCAACGUCGUUGCUACGUCUUCGACACGCUAUCACAUGUCCGUUUAGCACUUGUACCCGUCAAAGUAAUCGAUCAGGCGUUGAAGGAUUGUCGCGAUAUGUCCGUAAAGAUUGCCUUACGUUCUAUUUGUCGCGAUAUAGCGUCCAAGCGCGGCCAAUUGGUGCCACUACGUGUCUGUCCGCGUCAACAAGCUAAAAAGAACAUCUAUAUAAUUGGUGGCUCGCGGCGUGAGUCGCAACGUGACUGGACACCAUCCGAUUGUAUAUUUGAAACAGUCGCGAAAUUCGAUAUCUUUCGACGAGAAUGGUCGGAAACGGCUCCAAUGGAAAUCGGACGCAUUCUGCCUGGUGUGGCUGCAUUGAAUGGGAAAAUAUAUGUCAUAGGUGGCGAACGUGGUUCUCAAAUUCUGGCUAAUGGUGAAGUAUAUGACCCACAAACUGAUAUUUGGACACCGAUAGCACCAAUGAUUGUGCCGCGUUGUGAGUUUGGUCUCUGCACCUUUGGCGGCACACUGCUGGCGGUGGGCGGUUGGUUAGGUGACGAUAUAGGUGGUUCAAUUGAGUGCUAUGAUCCCGAAAAAAAUGCCUGGAGCAAGUUGGGCGAUUUGCCGGAACCGCGUUUUAGUAUGGGUGUAGUCAGUUUUGAAGGACUUAUUUAUAUAGUUGGUGGCUGCACAACGUCAAGUCGUCAUUUGCCCGAUUUAAUAAGUUUCAAUCCCAUAACUCUCGAUUGGCAACCGAUGGCACGUAUGCGCACCGCCCGCUGUCAAAUGGGUGUAGCCGUGCUAAAUCGUCAUCUCUACGUAGUGGGCGGCAACAGCAGUUCGCAGGAUGUGCUGAGCACAGUUGAGCGUUACAGUUUCGACGAUAAUAAGUGGGAGAGUGUGUGCUCUAUGUCUGUACCACGUGCUAUACCCGCUGUAGCUGCUGCUGAUGGCCUUCUCUAUGUGGCUGGCGGCGAUCAGCCGUGCGAGGAUAACUUUUAUCGUGCACAUAUCACAAUCAACGCCGUGGAAGCAUAUGAUCCCCUGACUGACACUUGGAAGAAUUGCCCCGAUUUGCCUGUAGGGCGCUCGGAGGCUGGCGCUGUCGUUGUUUAACGCAUAUUUAUGCAUAGUAACGUGACACUUUUGGGCAAUAACAACUGCUGCGUUUAUAUCGUUGUGCGUUUAGUGAAAAUUAUGAAGUCUUUUAAAAAACGUAUGCGAUAAAUUUAAUAUUCGAUAGCUAGGGUAUGCAUUUGUAUUAUAUCUAUUUAAUAAUUUCAUAAUGUUAUGAUCUUUUAAAACAUUUUUUACAUUCUACAUAUAAAAUUAAAAUUAAGAUUUCGCAUUAAUAAGCCACAACUAUUCAUAUUAUUUAAAAAUUCUAUUUUUGUAUAUUAUGCAUUUAUUAGAGUGCGAAUUGGAACACCCUGCAAUUACAAUCUGAUUGAACACUCAGGGUUGAAAAUAUUUUAAUUCAAAAAUUUUGCAUUAAUAUUCAUUUUUUUUGAUAAAUUGACAAAUUUCUAACUGAAAAACUGUAUUUAAAAUGAGUUAAAUAUCAAAGAGACGAAAACUAACAAACAAACUAUUUUAUUAAAAAUAAGCUUUAAUUUUGAAAAGUUAACAAAAGUGAUACGCAAAAUCGAAAAAAAAUUCAAGUAUAAAGUUGGUUAAAGUUAGUUAGUUAAUUGGAAGUAAUUGUUUUUUUUCGUUCCGGUAUUUGGGAUAUAAAUUUCUUUAUUUUUCGAUUUGAUAUAAACAAAAAAUGCGCAAAUUGUUUUGAAAGUGCCUAACAUCUGCACGUAAACAUCAAUACACAAAUAAAUGAUACCAAAGCGAUCAAUAAAUUAUUUAAUGAUUUGUUGAACUUUUGAGCGCCAAGACUGUUGAAAAGUUCUUACAAUUAUGUAUUUAUUCAAACCUUGCAGCAUUUCCUAAAAUGGAGUAAACAAAUAGGCUUCCAAUUGUAAUUGUUAACAACACCUAAAUGAGAUAAAUAAAUACAGACAUGUCAAAUUUAGUAAGUAAAAACGAUAUUCAGCGCAUCUACAAAAAAAAAAAAAAAUAAUAAAAAGGCUACAAAGUUAAUUUGAAGCGCUAUAAUAUUAAAAAUUAUAAACUUACAUAUAACGGUGUCUUUUUCAUAACAAAACAUCAAAUGUAUGUAGGUAUCCUGUAGUGCGUAUUUAAAAUACCGUUAGCACCGUCUAUAAUAACUGCAAAUACAAAAUUAUGCGAAUAUGUUGUAACUAACAAUUGUAACUAAUUGUAUUAAAAAACUUUUAUUAUACUAAAAUAGAAGGAGAUUAUGUGGCACAUCUAA